AGUAUUUUUAAUCUGUAUCUGUCAGUGUCUACUUUGUGGCAAAAUCGCCGGAUUGGAUUUCUAGCACGUUAUCGUUAUUCUAUUCUCUUCUGUAUCAAUCGAUAAAACAUGCCUCCAAAGAAGGUGGAAGAGCCAGAAAAAAAGCCAUUAAUUGGCAGAGUUGGCACAAACCUCAAAGUUGGUAUUGUUGGUGUGCCCAAUGUUGGGAAAUCGACAUUCUUCAAUGUGCUCACUAAAAGCCAAGCAGCUGCUGAAAACUUCCCUUUCUGCACCAUUGACCCUAAUGAAAGUAGGGUACCAGUCCCAGAUGAGCGGUUUGACUACCUCUGCGAAUUUCACAAACCAGCAAGUAAAGUGCCAGCAUUUUUAAAUGUGGUGGAUAUUGCCGGCCUUGUCCGUGGGGCUGCUGAGGGCCAGGGUCUCGGCAACGCUUUCCUCUCACAUAUAAAAGCUUGUGAUGCGAUUUUAAAUCUGUGUCGUGCUUUUGAUGAUGAAGAUGUUAUCCAUGUCGACGGUGACGUGAACCCAGUUAGAGAUUUAGAGACAAUCGGUGAAGAGCUUCGCUUAAAAGAUGAGGAACUACUCAUGCAAAACUUUGAGAAACUUGAUCGAGUUGUCAAUCGCGGCAAUGACAAAAAACUCAAGCCUGAAUAUGAUGCUCUCACCAGAAUCAAGACGGUAUUAGUAGAUGAGAAGAAGCACAUUCGGUUUGCUGAUUGGAGUGCGGCUGAUAUUGAAGUACUGAACAAAUACCUGUUCUUAACUUCCAAGCCCGCGUUGUAUCUCGUCAACUUGUCUGAGAAAGACUAUAUUCGGAAGAAGAACAAAUGGUUGCCGAAAUUGAAAGAGUGGAUUGACAAAAACGAUCCCGGAGCACCUCUUAUUCCGUUCUCUGGCGCGUUAGAGACUAAACUCAUUGAGAUGGAACCUCCUGAACGACAGGCCUUCUUAAAAGAACAUAAUAUCACUAGCGCCUUGGACAAAAUCAUCGUUCAGGGUUACAAAGCGCUGCAGUUAGAAUACUUCUUUACUGCGGGACCUGACGAAGUGAAGGCGUGGACCAUUCAGAAAGGCACAAAGGCACCUCAAGCCGCUGGUAGGAUUCACACAGAUUUUGAGAAGGGCUUCAUUAUGGCUGAGGUGAUGCAUUUCAAGGAUUUCAAAGAGGAAGGCACUGAAGCUGCUUGCAAAGCUGCGGGCAAAUAUAGGCAACAAGGCCGUAACUAUGUCGUUGAAGACGGUGACAUCAUUUUCUUCAAGUUCAACGCUGGCGCUGGUCUAAAAGACGCAAAGAAGAAAUGACGUGACAAGGUUCUGCUGCUGUUGGUACAUAUGUUGUACCUCAACCUCGCCCUGUACACACUAUUACACGUCGCUUAAAUAUAACGUAUAAUUUUUUACAUAAUAAUAUAAUAUUUAUAAACAAAUUGGUCUUAAAUAAAAAAGCUUGUUAAUGUUUGUACAAUUCAGUUUAUUUUAGACAUAACAUUGUAAUUGAUAAGAAUUAAGUAAGUUUUAAUGAAUGUUCAAUAUUUUUUUCUUCAAAGCGCGUCACUUUAUUGUCAGGUUUCUGUUCUUAUUUGCUUAACAAACCGUUUACCGUUGACAUGUAAUAAAUACCUUACCUCAGGAGCUAGCUUUUUUCUAUCCUAUCUUUGAUACGUAAUUUAAAAUAAGACAGCUUGAGUAACAGCCUUUUCCCAUAACUGUAAAUAAGCUUGCGAAAUAUUAUUUUUAGCAGUUUGUUAGUAACACAAUUCUCUUCGAACUUAUUUUACAAGGGCUUGGAAAGUGAAUCGAGUGAGAACAUUUCUUAUUCUACCAGAUUACGCUUAAAGCCAACUUAUAAAAUUGCAAAGUAUGAUGAUGCUCAUAUGAUAGGCUGAUGCUCAGGUGCCUCACAGGUUUUCUUCCUGCUCUGAAUCAACAAAAAAACAUCUUAUUUAGAGUGUUAUGAUAUAUUGUUGAAAUUGGAAACGAAAACGGUGACGCGCUAAUGUAAGUCCCUAUAACACAUGAUAAACUUAGAUCUUCACAUGUUAGCAUGAUCACGACUGGACUCGUCAACAAAUGAAGAGCUUCAAUAUUGUCACAUUCUUGAAAUAAAUUUUGGACUGGUUUGCCUA